GAUGUGUGUAUUGUAGAAAGAGAAAGAAAGGUUUCUAGGGAGAGUAUGGAAGUUAAUUCAAUGAAGACCCAAGAAGACCAGUUUCAUAUAAUUCAUAAAGUCCCAUCUGGUGAUGGCCCUUAUGUAAAAGCUAAACAUGCUCAGCUUGUAGAAAGGGAUCAAGAAGGUGCAAUAGUGUGGUUUUGGAAGGCUAUAAAUGCAGGAGAUAGAGUAGAGAGUGCCUUAAAAGACAUGGCAGUUGUCAUGAAACAAUUGGAUAGAACUGAAGAAGCCAUUGAAGCCAUCAAAUCCUUUAGGGGCCUUUGUCCCAAAAGUGCACAAGAAUCUCUUGAUAAUGUUCUUAUUGAUUUGUUCAAGAAAUGCGGAAAAGUGGAUGAACAAAUCGCGUUAUUAAAGCAGAAGCUAAGGAUGAUUUAUAGAGGUGAAGCGUUUAAUGGUAGACCAACAAAGACCGCGAGAUCGCAUGGCAAAAAGUUUCAAGUCUCUGUGAGACAAGAAACAUCGAGAAUAUUGGGAAAUUUGGGCUGGGCCUAUAUGCAAAAAUCCAACUUCAUGGCAGCAGAAGUGGUGUAUAAGAAAGCCCAAAUGAUUGAUCCAGAUGCAAAUAAGGCUUGCAACUUGGGCCUUUGCUUAAUAAAACAAGCACGAUACGAUGAAGCAUGUUCAGUCCUCCAACAAGUAGUUAAUGGCGAGAUUCCGGGAUCCGAAGACAUUCGGGCCAGAAACCGGGCUUACGAACUGUUAAUGGAGACGGAAACAUGGAGACCCAUGUCAGAGUUGUUGCCGGACCUCCCUGGACUGGACCUAGAUGAAGACUUUGUUAAUGGGCUUGAAAAGUUAAUGAAUGUAUGGGCCCCCAAUAGAUCAAGAAGAUUGCCCAUAUUUGAACAGAUUGAAAACUUUAGAGACCAAAUAGCUUGUUGAUAUCUUUGAGUAUGUUUUCUAUUUAUUUGAAGGGUGGUGUUAAUAAAUGAGCUAAAGCUCAUAUUGUAAAGUCUUAGGGGUAAUAGUUGGUGUUCUGGUCAAUUCUUGUUGCUUUAAUCUCUCAAUCUAAAUUGCUUAUGAUGUAACAAACUAUAUUUAUCAUUGGCAGUACUAUAUAUACUUGUAUAAAAUUUUAUUAAGUUCUUUAAA